UCGACCCGCCAUAUUGGUUUGAACCUCGGAGCGAGACGGUUGUGUUGGGGGCGCGUAAAAAGUGACAGGCAGUUAACGAUGAAUCAAAACUUUCAGAACUCUCCAGUUAUGUGUUUAAAUUUCACUAAAAGCUUAUUUAUUGUGUAGUGCGGAUACAAACAAGUUUUUUCAAGCUUCAUUUCAAGUUGCAAGCGUAAUAUCUUAGCCCAUCGAGGCUUCGGUGGGUUGAAAUGCAAGCAUUCCACGGCGUAUGUUGAACUUUAAGUUUUUUUUUCGGUGCCGCUUUUCAAUACGUUUCGAGUAUUUUAAAGCUUCGAACUUUUAUAAACUGCUUACUAAAAAAACUAUUUUUUCGCGCAGUGAUUUUGUUAUGGUGUUAAAAAAUACUAGUGACUUCAAAAGUUAGUUUCAUUGAAGCUGAUUACCGAAACAUACAAGGGUAAUCGCGCCAUUGGGAAUUCCAAGUUGGUUUUAAGUUUUCAACAAAGAAACAAAUCCAUUUGGGAGUCCGCUGCUAACUUUGGAAGAGUUACUGCACUGUCACAACAUCGAGAAGAUAUAUCUACUGGCGUGAACGAAGGCUUAUAGAGAUCGUGUGGCAGACACUUGUGUGAUGUGCAGGCUACACCACAUGGAAGUGCUAUUGGAAGUCACCUGAUCUCGAAGUGCCUGAGACCUGGUUGAGAGUUGAAGGAUGAAGUUCUCAACGGGGUCGAGUUCCAGCAGUCUCGCCAGCGACUCGCUGUCGAGGAAGUCGACUUUAUGCAUCUAUACAGAAGUGGAUGCCACCUUGCCACCGCCUGUCGAAAGAAUGGAUAGCAGCUCAGAGGCGAUGGAGCUAAGACGGGAGCUGGACGCGGUGAAAAGCGCGUUACAACAACAAUCGGAAUCCGUCUUGAAACAGAGACAUCAGUUAGUCGAAGCUAGUCAAGCACUCGCCGCGCGAGACAAAGAGGCUGUGCAGGAAAGGCGCCUCAGACAAGACCAGCUCGCGAUUGUCCUACGAUCGUUAGUUCUAUUAGAAUCCAGACUAAGCAGAGAACAAAAACAAAUCAACGUCUCACUGAAGCAAAAAGAAAAAAUAAUCAAAUCUCAACAGGAAGAAAUCGUCAAGUUAAAAGCCCGAAAGUCCUACUGUAGCAACUGCCAACAACUUCUCGGCUUCACAAGCGAACAGACCAACAUUGAAACAGAUCCAGAGUUUCAAAGCUUAGAGAGCACAGAUUCUAGAUUUCAAAAUAGCUUUGUACGAAGCUGUAGCUACCGAGAGAGAAAAGCCCCACCGGCAUUCCAAAAGAAUACUAGGUUAAGUAAAAGCUUUCAAUUGCCCAAGAACGACAUCGUUUAUGGAAAUUCAAGUUCUAGCGAAGAAGGAAAUACAGCUAGCGUCAGCAGCAAAGGGACCUUCAUUAAAAAUAAACAAGCCUUUGUCAGACGGGACGUAUUUAGGAGAUCUAGAAAAUAUUCCGGAAGAAAGAAUAAUGGGAAGAACAAUGAAAAUCUUCAAAAGAAUGUUUACAACAACCAAAUGAAUAGCAGUAGCGCAGAAGAAUGUGUCAGUUUGCCUUUUCAAAUUAAUCACGAUGAUGCCGAUGCUACUGCUAACCAAAUAGCAAAUGACAUAAGAAGAGCAUCACUCAAAAUAGAUCAGCUGAUUGGGGAAGCUGCUAAGAAAGAAUCUGAAAAUACUCAAAGUGACUCAGAUAAAACGUAUUCAACGAAAAUGGAAAGGAUCCACGGGAUUAAAAGACAAGCAUCAGAUGAAAUAAAAGCCAACAGGCAAAUCUUUCUUAGUAAAGUAUUAAGUGACGAUGGUGAAGAAAAGCCGUGGUACUGCAAUGUUAGCGACCCAGAACAAGAAAUCGACUGUCUAGACCAAAGAGUGUCGCUUAAUAACGUGCAAUCUAAAUCCACCGAUGAUAUUUUAAUGGCCGGUCUUAACGCUGGAAUUCUUCACGCCGAAGUUAUAUCAGCAAAAAAUGAAGUCCUUUGCAACAACGUACUUAAAAAUAGUAUUACUCACAAAUUCGGUUCCAGUUUCGAUGACAAAAAUAAUAACAUACACGAUAAGGACAUAGCUGCUGCGGAAGUAAGUGAAAAUUGGUAUGCUAGUACGAGCGAUGCCGAUGAUACACCACCUAAUGAAAUAUACAAAAAUAAUCCAGUAUUGGAAUGUGUUAAUCAGAUAUUGCUUCAAAAUUCUCUAGAUGACAGCAGCAACGAUAAUUCUAAGUCAAGCGAAACACCAAGUCCGAGUCCCAAAGCAUCAACAAAACGUGUCCAAUUUUCUACAUUAAACAGCAUCUCAUAUGAUGAUAAGAUUCGAGCUAAUAUAGGAAAUAAUCAUACACUACCAAGAUCCGACAAACGAGCUAAUAAAAUAGUCAAAUUCAGUCUAGAAACCGCUUCAGAACAUAGCUACGAGGUGCCAAACACUGCACAAGGCUUUCAAUAUGAGAUACAAAGCAUUUAUAGCAAUGAAUAUGAACCUAUUAUCACCAAGAAUGCAGAGCAAAAGCCUGCGCCGGUGCCAAAAAUGGCCCCGACUACUGAGAAAUCAGCUGUUCCUAAAAUAAGAGGCUCUAUAGUUAAAAAUAUUGCUGCAAAUAUAGAAAGCCGCAAUCUUAUGUUUACAAUGGAUGCAAAACCUGAUACCAAUCUUGGUUCUAUGAAAAUAUUUAAUAAAAGAAAAGUGCCACGAACUCCUCCUGCACUGCCGCCUAAACCAAAGAAUUUGUCAGCAAAAUGGAAAGCUGAGAACUCUGUCAGACCAGCGACAGAGCCUUUAGACUCUGACGCCGUUGCGGCUAAUCAACGGGUUGCAGAUGUUAAGAUGAGAAGCGUGGGACAAGUGGCCACUGUAAAACAUGUUGAACCGGACUACUGCUCCAUUUCAGAGAUAAAUGUUCCAGUAGUCAGUAAUGGUAAAAGGGAAUUACUACUAACGCAGCCAACAGUUGAGAUUCACAAUGAACAGUACCCAAUCCAUACAUCAAUGCAAAGGAAUAGUGUGGCUAAGGUGGUAUCCUUGCCUAGAAUACAAAACAAAAUAAGUGACAAAGACAUUCCAAAACUUCCACACGUCACUGAAAUCAUUAUUCCCGACGAAGACGAGAAGCCGAAUGAAGAACACCGUCCAUUUAAUCAAACAACUGAAAGUUACUUGGCUAAUUUUAGCAUGCAUGUCUUACAACCGAAACUGGAUCCUAGAGGUUCAAUCCAAAUGGGAAAUACUGUAUCUUCAAUUCUCUCAGAGAUUAAUAAAGGUGCUAAGACCGGUGGUAAACAGAUAAAUUUAACGGAGUUGGAUAACCAAUUCAAUCAAGCACCUGGUAAAACUAAUGCAGAGCCACGCAAAGCAGAAUAUUUAGAUGAUAUAGACAAGUUUGAUUUGUCUCAAGACUUCGAGGAAUUUAAAAUAGAUGACGAACUAGGGAGUAUAGUAGCAGAGGAAUAUCGCAUAAGCUCUGAGGGCAGUGACGGCUCUAUUUCUGACGUAGUGACCGAAAAUCCGACCAUCGUACCUGAAAAAAACGAUCAACUUAAUACAGCAAAAAACGGUAAUAACAAUGAGAACAUUGAAACAUUUCAUGAGUGUAACGAAAGUGAAAAAAAUGUGAACAAAGGGCUAGCAAAGAACGCAAAGCUAUCCAAUAAGCCGGAUCUCCUAUCGAAUAUAGAAAAUGUUGAGACUGAAUCAGUUAGGAAUUCUGAUAUUGAGUCGAGUAACUCCUCUGGCAGUAAUAGUGGUUCAUACAAUACAGUCAAAUGUGAACCGAGAAUGAUUCUGAAUAAUAAUGCUGAUGCUAAUUUGAAGAGGACUAAGGGCACUUUCGAUUUCUUCCUGGAGACAUCUGGCCUGAGUUCCAAGUCUAUAUUCUCGCCUAGCAAGAACUACCUUGGUCUGAGGCCUCCUAGUGCCAAUCAUAAAAAUGUUCUGAAACCCAAGGACAUCAAAAUGAGAGUUAAAAAUCCCAUCGCAACGAACAAAAUCAACGAAAAAUCUAUGACGACAGCAAUUAAAUAUUUUGAGCCUUAUGUAUAACAUAAUAAAUUAAUACUAUUGUAUUAUGUACCAAUUAUUAUCAUAAUUUUUUUAUAAAUUUUAAUUAUUUAUUGUAAAAAAACGAACUUGCCUGCAUAAUAUUAACUAUAUUUAUGUUAAAAUGUGUGCUGUAAAUAUUUUUAAUUAUACUUAGUUAUUACACAAUUUAUGAAAUAUACAAUAUUAUCGAAAUUAUA